AGCAGAGGACUUGCCGGAGCUGUGGAACAAUAUUUCGGACUAACUUUGAACGAAACCCACUAAAUUAAUGUCUUAUAUGGCUACAUUUCUUAAGAAGUGUGGGUUUUAUUUCGACUUCGACGAUUUUGUUAUCAGACUUUUUUAAAAUAUUUUCACGCGAAGUUAUUAGCAGUUGAAAGCAUAGCUCGUGAAUAGCCUAUUCUCGCUAAUAGCCUAGCCGAUAUCUACAUUUAAUAAUGUUAUCGUGUUGUUCAACUAUCAUUCAACGCUGAUUUCAAGGAGAAUGUGUAUAGAUUUAUUGGGAUUUGGUCGUCCAGAAGACGGAGCAGGCAUGGAAUUCCUAUGGCUGCAUGUGUAGUCUGGAAAGUGAAAGUUUUCGCCUCCGUAUGCAGAGCGUGUGUCAUUGCUGUGACUGGAUCCGACACCACUACGGACACUUGAGCGCAGAAUACCUUUCCCUGCUGGACCAGAUGGGAGGAGAUAUCACAAAGCAGAAUGCCCCUGUCUUUUUCCCAACAUCACUUUACAGACACAUAGAUGAUGCUGAGUUUGAGGACAAAGUCAGGUUCCUGAACGAGACCAUCUAUGAAAUCACACAACUAUUUGAUGGGAAUAUGAAUGCUGUCACCUGGGACAAGAAAAACCUGGAUGAUUUCCUCAACAUUCUUGAACGCCAAUUUGAGAACCUUAAUUCCUGUGUAUCACCUGCCAUGAAACCUGAGAGGAGACUGAAACGGUACUUCAAGAAGUUGAAUAGGAAGGUUCUGAGAAAAAUGAACUACAGUGCACAGGCGUGGGAGCUCAUCAGGAAAGAGACGAAACGUCAUCUGCAAAGAUUGGAUAUCCUUGCAGCACAGAUGUACUGAUCAUCCAGACUCAUCUCAGAAGCUACGCCCUUACCAGUUUAUAAAGCAUGAAUACAAUCAUGUGGGACCCUGUUAGUCUAUUUAUUAUAUUUAAAUCCAUAAAUUAUUGUUUUUUAUUUGUAUAAAUUAUUAUUUAUAUUUUGUAUUUCCCUUUUGUACCUGUGUUGAACUGAACUGUA